UGAGCACUCCCUGCUCUCACACAAAUGAACAGCUCUCAGUGGGGGUAGGUGGUCUCCCCAUCCGUCCGCUACAGAUCCCAGAAAGGGUCCAGCCAAAAGGAGAAUCACUCUGGCCACCCAAAAAUUUUACAUACUUCUGCUGCAGAUAUCAAGGUCUUGGACCGAAGCUUUGAGAACUCCAGACUCGGUCUCCAUUUGCUACUGAAAGGGUACUUGAGAGGGUCCUGCAUUUGUCUACCUGGAACAAUAUAAGCACAAAACCAAGACAUGGCAGACAGGUAUGACAUGUCAGGAGUGGAGGAUGAGACAGGCAGCCCCCUGAGCAUCAUGUCCCUGCUGGAGCGAGUGGCAGGCAUUAUCGAUGAAGUACAGGCAUGCCAACAGCGCAUGGAAGAGCGGCAGCUGGAGCUGGAGAACAGUGUCAAGACCAUCCAGGCUGAGGUGCUCAAGCUGGCCAAAGACCACACCACCACCAGCGGCACAGUGGAAAAGCUGCUGGAAAAGACCCGCAGGGUCGGCGCCAACAUCAAGGACGUCCGUGUGCGUGUGGAGAAGCAGAACCUGCGGGUCAAGAAGGUGGAGACCACACAGGAGGAGCUGCUGACCAAGAACAAGUUUCGGGUCGUCAUCUAUCAGGGGGAAACUGAGAUCCCCUCAGUGGCAGCUGCAAAGGUGCCAAAAGGAGGCGCGGUGGAAGGGCCCGCAGAGGUCCCGCCUGACGCUCCACCUGAGCUCUCCUCGGAUGAGGAGUACAUGGUGGUGGAGGAGGCAGACUCUUCCACUGCCGGCCGCCUGAAGAAGACAGGCCUGAAGCGCAUCGAGAGCAUCAAGGCAGCCUUCUCCCGAGAGAGCAUGGCAAAGACCAAAGAGAACUUUGGCACCAAGGUCAACCGCCUGGGCGAACGCAUUGUGACGGCCGAGCGCCGGGAGAAGAUACGCCAGUCGGGCGAGCGACUAAAGCAGUCGGGCGAGCGGCUCAAGGAGACCAUUGUGAAGACCGUCCCAGCCAAACUGAACCUGAAGAAAGAGAGGACUGUGGCGGAGGGCCAGGAGGGAGCGGAAGGGGCCACUGAGGGAGCUGUGCCAGUCCCCCCACCCAAGGGUCGCAAGGCCAGCCCUGGCGUCACCUACACUGAGGUGAUGACCGAGGCCAAGCUGGAGAGCCCGGUAUCUGACCUGGCUGGCACCCGUGAUGAAAGCAAGGGGGAGGGGGCAGAAGUGCCAAUGUAUGACAUGAAGCAGCUUUCCUAAGCAGCUGGAGCUCCCUGUGAGGAAACAGUCAACAGUUACAGCACUGAUGAUGCUGUGCAAGAAGAAGGUUCUGAUAUGCAAAAUAUUUCAUCAACCCUUUUUACAUAUAUACUAACGUCUGCGCUCAAAGGAGUCUUAGUGUUAGAGGUUUUUUAAGGUUGGGAGCAGAGGUUGGGGUAUCCAGUGAAUGAUGGGUGUAAAGAAACCAAUCAGUCAGAGACCUGGCAAAAGAAUUUUCUAGAAUCAACACAUAUUUUCUUUAAUACUUAACAGAGUCAUCAAUUACAUGGUUUUUCACAGAUGGUUCUCUUUUUUUUAAAUACACAAAGUCAGAUUCAUGGAAGUAUGAAAGAAAACUUUAUAUAAAGGAAGUUCCUGAAGUUUUUUUUCUUUUUCUCUCUGUGGUAUCCAGAGGAAACUUAAACAUGAUAUGGUGUUGACUGUCUGGGAACUGACCACUGACUGGAUAUGGAAUGGAACUGAAUGUCAUCUUGAGGCAAUAGUACUGCAGAUGAGAAAACAAGAUAUCAUGAUAAUAGUGACGAUGAUAAUGAUGAUGAUGAAGAUGACGAUGAUGAUGAUGAUGAUGAUGAUGAAAGUGCAAAAUGGUCAGGUCUGAUAAGGAAUAAAACUACAGCAAAGUGAAGUGUGUGCUGACGUGAACAUAAAUAGAAGUAAUUUCACUGAGAGCAGGAGAUUGAUUUCACAUUUACCUUACAAAUAAUUAAAUAACUGAAUACUUUUAAUGGCUACUUGUAUUAAUUUGGGCAAAAGGCUCAGUCAGCUGGUCUCUGAGGAGUAUGUUGAAAAUUCAACAAACCUUUGACUAUGAUAAAUGAAUUAAUUUUUCCCCUAAACCUUUAUCUAAAAGAAACAAUUGUAUCUCAUGUAUUAUUUUUUCAGUGUAUUUUGUGUUACUCAGAGGGAAGCUUUGUCUGCUAUGCAAAAACAUUUGCAAGUUCAUAUGCAACAAUUAAGAGUAAAUUAUGGCCACCCCAAUUUACGGUGUCAAUGCAAUGUCAUUUUCAUUCUUGCUAACCAAGAUGCAUCUACUGUAUUCAAUCACUGAAUUUAUUUUCUGAGUGAUAAUUUCCACCUAUCUUGAGAGUGGUUGUGAAGUAUUUACUCCAAAUGUUUAAAAUCAGAAAGCUGUACAAUUUUGAGACCUUACAUUGCUACUCCUACAGGAUAUGUAAAACCAACAUAGUUCCUCCACCAUUAUAGAUAAUACAGCUCAUUUAGAAUGAUAUGCAUUUAUUUGAUGAUAUAAAAAAUUGCUGUUGAAUUUUAGAAGCAAAGUGGCAACAUUCUUUUCAUUCUUAAAACAGAUUCUUCAAAACCCA